GGUCUUAAGCACAAAAGAUGAAAGAGUAAUCGGUCGAAAAUCCUUCGGGCCAGUAUAUCUAUCUCUGCCCGGUUUAGGAAUGAAUACCACUUUAGCCUGCCGCCAGCUUCUAGGUGUGAAGCCCGUGGCCACACAAGUAUAGUAUAAUGAUGAACAAUAAAGAAUUUUUGAUAAGCUUUGUCAUUAUAUAUUUUUUCGCUUCAAUACUAAGUAACAAUUUCUAACGAUGUUAGUGAUGUGUUCUCGAAAUCUCAACCUAUACUCGACAAUACACAAGGAUUAUUGACAUAAUCAGUAAAUCUUAAUUGGAAAUUGAAGACACAAGCGGAAAGCGGUGUCAUGUAUUCAUUGUGUGAUUACUGAAAACAAGAUAAUAAUAAACUAAUUGAACUAAAUAUUUAAAAUCUCAAUUUAUGAUUUUGUUAUCUAAUUGUGUCUUAAAUUGUUAAUAUAGAAUCCAUCUUUGACUUCAGAAGACCAUUGGUGCUUUUUUUGGCAGAAUAAAAACACUGCAUUUAAUCCAAGUAUUGUGUGUACAUUGCAUUCAAAUCUCUAUUUAGUUCCAAAGUAGCAGUUGCAGAAUGUUGUAGGUCAAAUGAUAAGAAUAUUUUGAUAUCGUCAGCUUAUGUCGUCAAUUUACAACCUCCGUUAAGUAUGAUGUGUGGGCAGUGGAGAGAAGUGGUCCCAAAACGGAUCCCUGUGGUACACUAAAGAACGAUAGAUUUAGGUAACGAUGUUUCUUUUGCCAUGGAAGCUCUUCGUUUUCUAUUAGCUAAGUAGCAUCGAAAUAAAUUCAGUGUUUCUUGAGGCAAACCUAAAUAUUAAAAUUUUUAGUUGAUGGUUAAUUAUGUCAAACGCUUUUAAAAAGCCUAAAGGUACUUGAGUUGUAACAUACGAUGAAAAUAUCAUCAGUUAUGGAUAGUAGGGUUGAACUUGCACUGUAACAAUCUUUUUUAUCUAAGAAAUUCUUUAAUUGUAAAUUAUUUAUAAUCUUAUCGAUUAGUUUUGGCAGGACAGGCAGUAAAGUGAUAGUUUGCAAGUCACUAUAUGAACCAGGAAUAGAAAUUUUGGUAUUGGAGAUUAUAAGAGACUCUUUCCAUAUUUCUGGAAAUCAUCCAAUGUCCAAACAUAAUUCUGUUUAUGAUAUGACUUCAACAGAUAUAUAUGUACUAUCAACUCAGCUGGCGUUUGAUGUGAUGGAAAUUAAUGCAUCCUAAACUCUGCCUUUAAGCAAUGAAGUGAACAAAAGAUAGAUCCUCCUUAAGUUUAUUUUCGCUAAAGUACUCUAUCUGUUUACUACGGGUCCCAUCUGUAAAUAUAGAAAUAUAGUAAUCAACUUUUUCGGUGUCUCGUAAAUUCUCGGGUAUAUGAUUUUUGCGCUUCAGCUGGCAUCCUGUCGGGCUUCGUAGACCGCCAUGUUGAAAAAGUGGAUGUUUUAGACUUUUUACAUAUUAUGUUGAGGCACAAAAAGCUUGAAGCAAUAUUUUCAUUCGAAUUUCCCUCUCUUUCAGGAAUUGGUGAUGUAGUUAAAAACCUUGGAGCGGCCAACAAGGAAAUCACUGCGAAAGUUGCAGCUACCCUUGGUGUUGAUACUGCGGUUGCUGAAGCCAUUAUCGCAGCGAUCGGUUGGAGUGCCGUACCCGCCCUAAUCGCUGGAGCUGCCUUUCCUCUUGGUCCCGGACUCAAGCCUUGGCCUGUUGCUGAUCCGGCCAAGCUGGCCAUCCCAGUGCUAGCCGUCCUAGCGCUGCUUGGUGCCCAGGGCGAUGCCGUUGUCCCUCUUGUAGCUGCCGAGGCUGCUCCAGUCGCCAUUGCCGAGGCAUCUCCAGCCAUUAUUUCCUCUGCUAUCUCCUCCCUCCCUGCAGUGCUUACCAAACUUAACCUUCCCUUGUUUCUUUCCUUCCCCAUAUUCUUCGCCAUCUUUUCCGCACUUGCGCCCGUAUUGCUUGCUGCUCCUGCUGCUGUUGCCCCUGCGGCUGUUGCUGCCCUAUUGCCAGCUCCAUUUGCGGUAGCUAAGUUUACAACACCAUUUCCCUUCGGAUAUGGACUUCCAGUUGUCAAGCCAGAAAUUGCUGCUCUGCUCAAGCUGCUCAAGCUCAGGUUCAACAUAGGCUUCUUUGCGCCAUUCAUCGUAAUCGCGGCACUUCCUCUCCUGACGCUAUUCUCUCUCAGUCGCCUGUGGGCGACACCCUUAGCUGCAUUCUUUGGCAACUCUUUUUUUCCAGGCUCAGCCUUAACUGCAGCGUUUGGUGUCGAUGUGCUGCAUAAUGUUAUUAUUGCAGCUAAUAAGUUCAUUCAGUAGGACCAUGCACAAAUUUCAUUUUGAUGUGUAUCAAUAUAAUAAAUAAAUGUAUCUACUUCAAGUGUA